CCACCCAUCCCCAACUAUCAUUGCACACUCAUCUCUAACCACCUCAAAAAACCUUAAAAAUCACAACACAAACACUUUGUUCUUGUUUCUUCUUUCUUGCUCCAUUUGUAUACUAUUCCAAUAAUGUCUGGGGUUUGGGUUUUCAAGAACGGCGUGGUGCGGCUAGUGGAUGGCGUGGAGGCGAUGGAGGGUGGCCGCCAAGGGUCAGGCGGACGGCGCAAGGUGUUGGUUCAUACCGCAAGCAACGAGAUUAUCACCUCUUAUGCCGUUUUAGAGCGCAAGCUAAGUUCAUUGGGGUGGGAGCGUUACUAUGAUGACCCUGACCUCCUCCAGUUCCACAAACGCUCAACCGUUCAUCUUAUCUCCCUUCCUAUGGAUUUCAACAGGUUCAAGUCCAUGCACAUGUAUGACAUCGUUGUCAAGAACAAGAACUCCUUUGAAGUUAGGGAAAUGAUGAUGUAGCCAGCUAACAAAUUAACAACAAUCCCUAUGCAUGACCUUGUAAUUUGGAUUCUUGGUUUUGCUUCUAAGUCGUGUGUGUGUUGGUUUGGUUUUUGAUUAGUAUGACUAAACAUGUCUACAUGAUUGUUUGUCAUAUUAAUCUGCGUAUUUUGUGCAUAGGUUUGUGUUUUGAUUACUGAAAUAUAUGUAAUAUAGAGCUACGGUGUGUUUGUGUUUGAGUGACUGUGUUCAUGUGUAUGAAGGUGCGGUAAAUAUUUGUAGUCGUUUUAAAGUUGGGGUUUUCCCAAUUUAAACGUGUGUGUGCUAAAUAAUAUUCACAUUUUUGUACAUCUAAUAAACAUUAUAAUGAUGUAUAUAGAGGACUGAAAGAUUGAAUUAA